CCCGGCCCCGCUGCCGCCGCCGCCGGAGCUCCGCGGUGCCGCCGCCGCCGCUCGCAGCGCCAUGCCCGCAGACGCGGGCCCGGAGAAGCCCACCGCCUCGCCCAUCGCCGGGGCGCCGGCCACCGCCAGCCACACGCCGGACAAGCCGCGGAGCGCCAGCGAGCACCGCAAGUCCUCCAAGCCCAUCAUGGAGAAGCGGCGCCGGGCGCGCAUCAACGAGAGCCUGGGGCAGCUGAAGACGCUCAUCCUGGACGCGCUGAAAAAAGACGUGAGUUGGGGCUUUUUGGGGGGUGGAAAGCCGAAAUCGAGGGGGUCUGGGGGUGAGGAAGAAGAGGGGGGGGGGCUGACGGCCGCUGUCGUCCCGCAGAGCUCGCGGCACUCCAAGCUGGAGAAGGCGGACAUCCUGGAGAUGACGGUGAAGCACCUGCGGAACCUGCAGCGGGCGCAGAUGACGGCCGCCCUCAGCGCCGACCCCACGGUGCUGGGCAAAUACCGGGCGGGUUUCAACGAGUGCAUGAAUGAGGUGACCAGGUUCCUCUCCACCUGCGAGGGGGUCAACGCCGACGUCCGCACCCGCCUGCUCGGCCACCUCUCGGCUUGCUUGGGGCAGAUCGUGGCCAUGAACUACCCGCCGCCGCCUCCUCCGCCGCCCGCCGGGCAGCCGGCGCAUCUGGCACAGCCGCUGCACGUCCAGCUGCCGCCCGCCGCCGGGGCCGUGCCCGUGCCCUGCAAGAUGAACCCCGCCGAAGCCUUGUCCCCCAAGGUUUAUGGGGGUUUCCAGCUCGUCCCGGCCACCGAUGGCCAAUUCGCCUUCCUCAUCCCCAACCCAGCCUUCCCGCCCGGCUCCGGACCGGUGAUCCCCCUCUACGCCAACGCCAACGUCCCCGUGUCUGCAGGAGGAGGAGGAUCGGGGAACGCAUCCGCCACCCCGUCGGCGUCCCCGGUGCAGGGCUUGACAUCAUUUGGGGGCAGCAUUGUGCCGGCGUCCCAGGCGGGGAGCCCCGUCGCAGAGCGCAGCGAAUCCGUCUGGAGGCCUUGGUGACUUGCCCAUAGCGAAAAGGCACGAAACUCUGCUUGGCUCCGUUGUAUGGAGCCCUGUUAUGGUCGGGUUUUUCUUUUUUUUAAAAAAAAAAAACACAGAAUGGAGGAUUUAAAAAAAAAAAAAGGACCUCGAUAUGAACGUGCUAUUUAUUAUUUUCAGAGGUUGGGAUCUCGACUUGUAUUUUUACUCCUUUGAAAUGCCUUUAUUUGAGAUACGUUUUUUAAGAAAAAGAAAUAAAUGAGAAAUAGUUUUGUAACAAAUAUUCAAAAAGUAUAAUGCCAAAGUUGUUUGUAUCCCGUUUGUCUGUGUGUGUGUUGCGUGCCUGUGUUGGAGACUUCCAAAAAAAAAAAAUUGCAGGUGUUUAAAUAAACUCUUUGAAAUA